AUGAACUCUGAGAUUGCUGUCUGCUGUGGAGUGAUGAGGAUGAGGUCGUCGAGGUGGAGCCCAGGAUUGGCUCUCCUGGUGGGUGUGGUCGCCAUUAUCUGUGCUUUUCACCCAACCUCUGCCAUAGACAUACCACUGGAGGGUAAGUGCUCACUUUCCAUUAAAGUGCCUGGGCAGGAUACCAUAAAGCUUUUUUAAAGUAUAGUAUAUUGAUUUUGUUUUCCAAUAUCUGUAAUGGUCAAAGCCAUCCACAUGUAUUCUUUGAAAUAUUGAGUAUUCUGUAAUUCUGUAUCAUACUGAAAAUCAGUUAUAUUAUAUUCAUGGAUGGAACACAUCCUUGGCUGGGUUUUGGUUUCUUGUUUAAAUCAGGUUUCUUCAUUCUCUUGUAUUGGGGCUGUGUAUCUUACAGUUUCCUUGGAAACGAGUAUCAGGUUUUCCUCCAUCUAAAUUAUUCAGAAACAUCUCUUAAGGGGCCACAUAAAAAUAACAUUUCAAAAAUGCAACGCAUACUUAUGUUGAUGCAAGGGGAUUCAUUUCCUGCAAUCUCCUUAAAUGUGGGCUAAAGUGUUUUAUUUAUAAAGGUCUACAACCAACACAAAACUGGAUUAUGCUUAAACUUCUGUCUGUGUUUUUGUUUGUUGUCUUCCUGCUGCCAUGGAUAUUCUAGUUUUAGGUCAUGUAAACAGUAAGUUUGCUCUGACGUUCCCUGUCCCAUCCAGCAUUAGUGACCGUCUGUCUGUCCUCACUUAAUCUCUUAGCUCAGUGGUCAGCAACACAGCAGUUGUACCAUGUGGUCAUCUCUUGAACGAUCUGCAUCUCAUGUGCCAUCCUCCUUUUAUUCACACAAUCAACAUCUUAGAAUUGGAUUGUCUUGAACUGUCACCCACUUAGUGGCAUGUAGUUUUAACCUGCACCACUGGUCCUACUGGCCUGACCUCAUGACGCUAGUUUUACUGUUGUUGACAUCUGUAGUUGUGUAGUAUAUUUCUAACACAUAUCACUUAAACAAGAAAGAAAGCAUGGACAAAGCAGAACAGGUUCAAACAGUAUGUGACUGUGAAAUAGAACUAUUGUAAAAGGAAAUAUCAUCAUAAUGGAAAUUAAUCAUCCCAUAACACCUAAUAAUAGAGUGUGAGAGAUUAUGUUUAAGAAAUCUGUAGGUCUAUGGAGUUUUCUUAAUUAAAGUGUUGUCCCUGUUGUCUGUUGUCCAGUUGAGCAGCUGCCCACCAUCACAGAGGCGUCCCCCAGCUCUCUGAUCGCCUUCCCCUUCGAUGAGAGCUUCCCCAUGACGUGUGAAGCCAAAGGGAACCCCGAGCCAGAGUGAGUAAUGAGUAUCCUACUCUACCAUUCCAUACCCAGCAGAUGGGAGAGGGACUACCCAGGAGAGCUCGCUAGCAGCCCAACAGACAGCCUACCACCGGCCAUCGAUUUGGCAUGUCACCUUGUUUUUGGGUGUUUGAUUUCAUGAUGUGAAGUCUUGCACAUACUGUGAGUGCCAAACACACACUGUGUACCUUUGGCUGAAACACGAGACAUUUUCAAGGUUAACGUUGAAUGUUAUCAGUGACUGAUUGAACUGUUGAUUUUGUAGAUUCUGGUGGACGAAGAAUGGGGAAGAGUUUGACCCUUACCAGGACCCGAGGCUGAUCAAGGAGGAAAACACGGGGACGUUUGUGAUCCCCAACACUGGGAACCUCACGGAGUACCAGGGAACAUACCGCUGUUAUGCCUCGAACAAACUAGGGACAGCCAUAACGGAGGAGAUUAAGUUUGUUGUGCCCCGUGAGUAGCAUACAUCCAUACAUCCCUAAGAUCUUUGGUGCUCCAUUACAGUUCUUUCAAAGUGAUUCAGGGCCUGGAAUCCAAUGUGUCGCUCCAUCGUGAGUUGUUUGUUGUAUUAGCCAUGGCAGAAAGUCAUUGAACCUCCAGAGCAUUCCACACCCAGUUGCCUCUCAUCUAUACCGAUAUAGACCGUGUGGCAGAAGGAAGACUGAUCUAGCCUCUCCAUCAUUUCCCUUGGUACAUUUUCAUAUAGUUCCAAAGCAUAGUACAUACAAUCUUCAAAGAAAUCCAGACAGAGGGGAACUGUGACUAAAUUUGUUCGUGCUUCAACCAUUCAGUGUGGCUGACAUGCAGCACAACAGUACUAAUGACAAGCCAAUAUCUAAAGAAGGUGUUGUAAAAUCCAAUUCACUGGCUCAACACAAACACCUCCACACACAACCAGCACAAAACACUAAUAUCAUAGGACUGCCACCUGCUGGAGAGAAAGGCAACUACACUAAAUGACUGACAAAUCAUUGUAAACUUUUUUUUUGGUGGGGGUGGGGGGGUGGUGGAAUAGAUGUACCGAAGUUUCCUAAGGAGAAGAUUGAUCCCAUCGAGGUGGAGGAGGGUCAGCCUGUCAUUCUGGAGUGCAACCCUCCUAAAGGAAUCCCUCCUUUACAGAUCUAUUGGAUGACCAUCGGUAAGUGACUAAUGGCUUCCCAGAGCUGACACCCUGACACGCCCUGGAAGAGGCCUGUCUAAGUCAUGUCCAAUCCUUUGUGUUGACACCUGCAAUUUUAUUGACGCACAAUUGCUCAAAUAAAACCUACUCAAAUGUGGUUUAUAUGGAAUUUCCUCCUCUUUCCACCUCCUCAGGCCUUCAGCACAUAGAGCAGGAUGCCAGGGUGUCCAUGGGUCUGAACGGCGACCUGUUCUUCUCUAAUGCUCUGGAGAAGGACAGCCACAGAGACUACUGCUGCUUCGCUGCCUUCCCCAGGAUACGCACCAUCGUACAGAAGAAUGCCAUGUCUGUCAUAGUCACUAGCAGUAGGUGUCAAUCUAAAAGACUGUGAUUACGUUUAUUUAUGAUCUCAGCUACAGCACAGAGCUUGUUAUGAUUAGGAAAGGGCUUUGUUUUGAUCACCAUAAUGGUCUCAAGCUCUGAUCCAAUGCAUUUGUCAUUAUGAUCAUGUGCAUGAUUAAGAACAUUCCCAAUAUCCAACAGCAUCUCCAAAGUUUUCUUUGCCAUGCUCUUGAUGCCACUGAUGUUUUCAUUCAUUUAAACCACCGCCUUGUCUGUCACUUUUGUUCUAUGGAUGCUUUGUACAUUUUCAUAUGUUACCCACCUUCAUUUCAGAAAAUUCAAACAGUGACUCAAGUAGCAGUCCGGGUCAUGGUAAGUUACGUUCCAUACCAUAUAUCUGUCUAGAACACCCCCUCCAUUUUUCCAUACCAGAGUGUGAUAUGGGGAUCCAAAGACUACAUUGUAGGUUAACAGUUCAAGCGACCCAUUCAUUGCCUUCUUUGAAAAACCACUUUAGUAUUUACCAGUUUAACUAACUAACUAAGCAUAAAAACACUGAUUGUUUGUAUUCUAUUCUCAAAGCCAAUUCAAUCGUGGAGAGAAAACCAAGUCUUCUGAUGCCCUCUGGUGUCAAGUCGGAGACACAGCUGGUGAAAGGUGAUGAGCUACUACUGGAGUGCAUUGCAGAGGGCUUGUAAGUAAACCUACCUCUGUUUCAACAUGAUAUCUGCUGUACAUGCCACUGAAUGUAAAGCAAUUACAACAACCUGCUCAUACAACAUUUCACUGACCCUCUUCUUUUAUUCAGUCCAACUCCCAAGAUUGAGUGGGGGAAGAUAGGCCACAGGCUGCCUGACAGAGCAACAAUAGAGAACCAUGGGAAACUCCUGAGCAUUGACCAGGUCGAUGAAGACGACAGUGGGAAGUACAAGUGUAAGGCUAAGAACAUCCACGGAGAGGCCGUCCACUACUUUGACAUAUCAGUGGAAGGUAUGUGUAUCUGAAAAAAAGCUGUAUAGUUUAAACUGAAUUUAGGUUUAACUGUAGGAAGGUACAUCAUAAUAGUAACACAUUUUCAUGAGAAAGAGUGCCAUCUAGAGUACAUUGAAUGAACUGCUUUUCAAGAGGGCAUCAAAAAGUCACAAUUUCAGAAUUGUCUCUGGGUGGAUAACACAAACAUCAUAAGUAUUUUGAUUUCCAUGUAAUAAAUAAAUAAAUUAGCCAUUUAUUGAGAUGUGUAAACUGUGGCCUGGUGCCCUCCCUGGUUACAGAUGGUUUAUGUCUGUCUUUGAUGUUGGUCUUUCCAGAGCCUCCUCGGUGGGUGUCUGAGCCUGAGAGCCAGCUUAGUAUGAUUGGCUCAGAGGUGCUCAUCAAGUGCUCCGCCACUGGCACUCCUCAGCCCACCAUCCAAUGGAGGGUGAAUGGAAAGCCUCUUGAGGGUAUGUUCUCAGUGUACCUCAACAAGACAUGCAUGUCUUAUCUCCAGGACUGCCUAUUGAUGCACAGUUAAUGGAUAUCAUUGUUGAUUGCAGAGGUCCCAGCAUUUAACAGAAAAGAGUCUGAUGACACCAUUGUCUUGCACAACGCCAAAUCGACUGACAGUGCUGUCUACCAGUGUGAGGCCUCCAACAGACAUGGAACCCUGCUGGCCAAUGCCAAUAUCAUGAUCAUGAGUAAGUUUAUGGGACUUCACUGGUUUUCCUCUCCACCUCUGAAAAUAGCCUUGACUUUCCUCUGAGGCUUUAAGUUUUAUUGGUUACAAAUAAAUAGUUGCUACAUCUCAGCCUUAAUCACUCUGUUUUACCAGACAUGCCCGUUUAUUUAUAGUUACACAUUAAGUAUGAAAUUGUAUGAGUGCAGUAAAGAAUCCACCUGGUUGCUUGGCAAUGGAACGGGCAGCAUCUGUUUCUCUGUAAUUGCCAGACAUUGGCGUUAGGCAGUGGAAGACUGUCUGUGAGUGGUGUUGUGUCUGAUUUGAGAGAAGGCUCUGGCACGGGCUCUGCCCUGCAGCUCUCGGCCAUGGUGAAGGAAUGGCUGUCUGAGUGCCACAGUCCUCCAUACGGACUACCCACCCACAUCCCCUGGGAUUCACUCCGCCUGCUCCCAGGCAUUUAUAUGCUAACACGUCUCUCCAGUCCAUUCAGAAUUCAAUGCCAUAACACUAACAUGUGCUGCUUUUACAAGAGCAGAUAAAAAAUAAUUUGCUCUCUUUGGCUUUUCAGAAAUGUCUGGAGUUUGUCACUGGUCUGUUUCUGGAUGCAAAUUCACAGCUUCUGUGGAGUGAGACAGACACAGGAUGUUUUGGCUAGAAAUGAUAAGAAACAUUUAUUUAAAAUGUAGCACUCAUUAUUCCAUUUGUUUUCAUUUUUUAUUCAUUUUUUAUAUUUUAAUUGACAGUCCAGCCAUUCUUUUCAAAUACAUGGCAAUUAACAAAGAAGGAAGAUAACAUUUUCACCACAACAUUUAGGCUUUAAUGGACUUUCUUUGUAUCUCUUUGUAGCCAAAUACUGCAAGACGGAGUCUGUUCAAGUGGAGGACCACACUUAAAUCCCUUCAUAUCUGUAUGGAAGUUAGAAAAUCAAUCUCUCUCUCAUUCAUAUCCCAAACCCUGAAUCACUCACUGGGAGGUCUCUCCCCACAGAUCUGGCUCCUAUGAUCCUGACAGAGGAAGGUCUGGAGUACUCAGCUGUGGAGGGGAAGGUUAUAGUGAUGCACUGCAAGGUUUUCAGUUCUCCACCCUCUGCUGUUACCUGGUGAGUAAACUCACCCUAACCCUGUUCCCAGAUCAGUAUGGGCUUUAUCCAGCUCAUUCUGCUAUUGCUGUCAUGUGAUGUCAUCAUUGGCGCCCAGGCAAUACCAGGCUAGUCUAGCUCCAACCAGUCCUCUCAGAGGCCAGUAGAGAGCAGUAGAUAUCAACGUGUCAUCAGAUAGUUAUGAAACACCUGUGUACAGAAUCUGUUUCUUGGUUGGUGCUCCACUGUUUACUGAGGAAAUGUACAGAAAGAAGCAUCUUACACCUACAUAAAAACUUUAAUGUAGCAUUGUUAUCUUGUGAAGUGCUCAACAACAUUCUUCUGUAAUUGAAUUAAAUCGCAAAUGGAGACUUUAAUUGAUUGCUUUGAAUGUUUUACAGGAACAAGGAGGACUCAACAGGGUCUGUUGAGGGACCAAGGUUUACAGUUCACCAGAAUGGAUCAUUGGAGAUCUAUAAUGUGGAAAAAGAGGACAUGGGCCAAUACACAUGUUACACCAAGAAUACUGAAGGGAAGUCUGCUAUCACUGCCUUACUCGAUGUUAAAGGUAUAAAACUCAAUACAAGACAGCAGUUUUUUAACACACUAGUCUAGGAACAUGUGUUUUUUCUGACUAUGUGACCUGAAAACUGUCUUACCUAGUUGUCCCUGCUUCAGUCACAUAGUCAGAAAAAAAUGGAUCCUAAACAGAACCCUUUACAUAUACAGUUGUGUGUUUGAACUAUCCAAGAUCCCACCAAGAUAUUCCAGGCCCCAGAAGACUUGCAGGUCCUAAUAGGAAGCACAGCCCAGCUCUCCUGCCUGGCGGUGUACGACAACUCCUUCAGUGGCGACUUUGAGGUUGUAUGGGAAAAAGACGAUAAGGAGAUAGCACUAAACCACACAGAGAAUUCUGGGUAAGAUGAAGCCUUUCUUGUGGUGUUACAGAUAGAUAUAAGCCUAGCCGGAAAGUUCACUUGCUUUUUAGAUGGCACGGAUCAAUAGGUUGUCUCUCUUUUUCUCUGCCGAUAGAUAUUUCAUAGAGGAUGGCAUACUGCAGAUCGUCAACGUAAGCCACAGAGACCAGGGCAUGUACAAGUGUGUGGCCAGUACUCCAAUGGACCAGGACACUGCCUCUGCAUUACUCAUAGUGCUGGGUAAGCAAAUUAUGUAAAAUACAUCAAAGCCUGGUCAGACCCAAAGGGUCUAUGACCCCCAGCACAACAGAAAUACAUGUCACAGUAUGGAUCCAUAUGUUGAAGCCAAGCGUGCCAUGGCAUACUACUCAGAGCAGAACAUGAUUACACAUGUCUUCAGAUUCAGACCAUGGCUCUGCAUUUACAGUAAAAUGCGUUUACAUUGUUUGAUUCCUCCUCCCCCAAAAAAAUGUCGAUGACCUGCCAACAAAUAACUACGUGAAGUUACAGUUUUCACUUUCUUUAUUUUCCAUUGGUCAGUUUCUGCUUCUAACGUUUUUCCUCAGUCCUUUUCCACUCCAGAGGAUGCCCUGUCUUUGUGUGUUAUCAAAGCAAUGUUGUUGUUGUGGUGGUGUUUUCCAGACAUCCCAGAUGCACCUGAGAACUUGGUGCUAUCUGAACACAAGGAUAGAAGUGUGAAGCUCAAAUGGAUCCCUGGGGAGGACCACAACAGCUCAACCACUGGUAAUAGUCUGGCCAUCCACCUGGCUCUGCAAACACAACAAACACAUUCAGCAGCUCUGCAUGCAUUUUGGAGCAUCAGGCCUGUAAUAACAUGGCACAUAUCUACUAAGAAAAAUGGAAUUAGUACUUUAUUAUUGUGUUAGUCUCAUGUCAACAUCCCAACACAAAGUAGUAGUUUAAUCUUUUGGAGCAAGUAUCCUGCUCAGUGCAGGGUCUGAAUAGUUUUCUGCACAGCUGGCUAUUAGGUAAGCAGCCCCUUUGGCAAAAGGAUUGGGCAGAUUGGUGACUGGUCUGUGUGUCUCACCCUGUCAACAGAGUUCAUUAUUGAGUAUGAGGAGAGCCAGUGGGAGCCGGGGACCUGGAGAGAGCUUCAGAGAGUUCCUGGAAAUCACGGCUCGGCAGUCCUCAAACUUUACGGACAUGUCGACUAUCGCUUCCGAGUGUCUGCAGUCAACGCAGUGGGCAGAGGGCGCCCCAGUAAGCCCACAGAGAGAUACAAGACCCCUCCCGCAGGUAGGAAGUCCUCCACUCAUGUUGCCUUGUCCUCCUCCUUCAUAUCACCGUACAGGCCACCAGAGCUGCCUCUGCCGCUCGUUGAACUUUAAAACACUCAAACAUCUGAGAUAAUUGAUUCCACUCUGAUUGCACAUUUCACAGGAGAUUUCUGCCAAAAUCCAUAUUUCUUCUCUCCCACCAGCACCUGACAAGAACCCUGAAAAUAUCAAAAUCGAAGGUCAUUUGCCACAUGAAAUGGAUAUCAACUGGGAGGUAAGAAACAGAAUGUUGUUGCUUCAAUAUACUGUACCUUCCCUGAAUACGUAUGCACCUCUCUGAAUACUGAAUAUUUUUGGGGAAAUCAAAGACUCUCUUUAUUCAAAGAGAAAAUAAGCUAGAAUAUUGUACACUCUUAGAAAAAAAGGUGCUAAAAGGGUUCUUCGGCUGUCCCCAUAGGAGAACCCUUUGAAGAACCCUUUUUGGUUCCAGGUAAAACCCUUUUGGUUCAAGGUAGAACCCUUUUUUAGUUCCAUGUAGAACCCAGCGGGUUCUACAUGGAUCCCAAAAGAGUUCUACCUGGAACCAAAAAGGGUUCAACCUGGAACCAAAAAGGGUUAUCCUAUAGGGACAGCCGAAGAACCCUUUUGGAACCCUUUUUUCUAAGAGUGUACAUGCAAUUAUAAAUAAGAAUCCUUCAGAAAUCAAAUAUCCCUGCUGUUGAUAUUUCAUAUUGUUGAUUCAUAACUUUAGAAGAGCUAUUUUUGAUGGUGAAUGGGAUUGCUAUCAAAGCAGCUCAUGGUGGUGCUUUGAUUAGAAAGUGAAAAGAGUGGAGAGAAGAGUUCUUACAUGUACAGUAAUAAAUUCAGCUUUAUUAUAAAAAUAUGAAUCUCAUUCCCACUAUCAUCUUCCUGCUCCUGCAGAGUAAUACAGCUUCUGAAUUUAUGAUCUCCCUUAUUGUUAAUGAUUUGCUUUUGUGGAUAAUAGUGUCUUGUUCUAUUUCCCAUCAUGGUCAGGCAAUUGUGAGGAAAGCACUAGAUCUCUCUAUAAUCUGUGAAGCCUGCUCUUUAUAUCAGAGGGGUGCCUCAGAGCUGCCUGGACCCAGCACCCAGCCAAAUGUCUAAUUGUUUUACUGAUUUUAUAUUAUCGAAGCCUUAUUAGGAUCCAAGUGUAUGGGCUUGCCAUUAUAAUCCUGCAAUAGCCUAGAUGAAGAAGGAAAUAUAAUAUUCUUACCUUCCCCACUCUUGCAGCCAUUAUCCCCCAUUGAACACAAUGGGCCAGGCCUUGAAUAUAAGGUGAGUUAUAAGAGACAGGAUGUGGAGGAGGACUGGGAGGAGCAUGUGGUGAAAAGACACUCGUUUGUGGUGAAGGACACUCCCACGUUUGUGCCAUAUGAGAUCAGGAUCCAGGCAAGGAACCACCAGGGAUGGGGACCUGAACCCAAAGUGGUGAUGGGCUACUCUGGAGAGGACUGUGAGUGACUUAAACACAGAGAGUUUUUAUGUGUUUUUCACAAUAAUGAUACUAUUGAAAUGUACAAGGCUAAUACGGUAUGGUAUGUACCAUUUAGCUGUGUCUAUGGUAGGCUACAGUCCAUAAAAUAUGGACUAUUUUCCCUGAAAAGGCCAAAGUAGCUGAUGAAAUCCAAUGUUUGAUUGUGUGAUAUGCAUGUAGUAGCUUUAUUGAGCUAAAACUUUCUUUUAGAAGUCAUAAACCACUUCACUUCACUUUAUUUAUUUAUAUUUCACUCUUCAUCUUUAGAUUUAUUUUGGACUUGCCCUCAGGAAGUUACCUCAUGUCAAAUACAAUGUUAUAGAUACAAAAGCACCUCAACCUUGUUAAGAAUGUGUUGUCUUCCUUUAGAGGUUUCGUGAUACUUUGUUGUCAUACUGUCUGGUAUCAUCGCUUAGGCAAUAGCAGUGAGCCUCACACUAGUUCCUACCUUGUGAAAGUGGUAUAUCACAUUAUUUAGAUUGCAGUCACUGAUCUAUAUAUUCAUAUUUUACAGAAGCAUAUCUUUGAAGCACCUAAAUACUCAACCCAGCUAAUACUACACAUAUGAUCUGGUGGAUCAUUCACCAUAAAGCUGAGCUUAUAUUUCACAUGUUGGGGUGAUCUUUACGGUACUUAGUGUGACAUAUGGGCUGAAUGGACUGUGAUGUGAGUGUGUUUGGCCCUGCAGUUCCGUCAGCGGCUCCUGAUGAUGUAGCGGUGGAGGUGAUGAACAACUCGCUGGUCAAGGUCAGCUGGACGGGUAUUCACAAGGACAAGCUGCAUGGACAUCUGGGAGGCUACAGGGUAAUUCUUUAAAACAGUCCUGAAGCUUUCAGACACAGUUUAAAGGGAGAGACCCUGACCUCGCUGGAUCUUCUGGCCCUCUCACCCCACUCUGUCUCCCUAGCGCUGGCAGCUCACUGUUACCUUACACAGGCCACUAGCGAAAAAUACUAUAACCCAGACUAUAGCCUUCCCCAUUUAUGAUUUGUUGUCCUUUUCUCACAUACGAUCUGUUAGAUUCAUAACACUGUGUGUCCUCUCUGUCAUGGCUGUGUCAGAUAAACUGGUGGCGGCUGCGUAGUCUGCUGGACUCAAAGAAGACUCACGGGGACGAACACACUCUGACAUUCCCGGGGGACCGGAACCAUGCCAUGGUACCAGGGCUCACACCCUUCUCUGAGUACAGCCUCAUCGUCAUGACCUUCAACAGGCGAGGCAACGGGCCAGGCAGCCACGCCGUCAACUUCAAAACCCCAGAGGGAGGUAAGACAGGAGGGGGUGGGGGGUGUUGAGGUGAGGUGCCAUGGAACAUAUUAAUUCACUACUGUGCAACUGAAGAAGAAAAUAACUAUCUGGAGACAAGCUUAUUGUGCUACGCUGUAAUACUGUUUACUACUUGUAUAUUCUUUUGUUUCACAGUUCCAGAGAAAACCCCAGUUUUCAGGGUCACAGAUGUUCAGAAGCACACCGUCACUCUCACCUGGGCACCUCCUCUGGAGGCCAAUGGAGUCCUUACAGGAUAUCUGCUAGAGUAUCAGCUGAGUAUGUACAAAUCUUUCCUCUUCCCUGUUAAACUGCAGUCUCUGACAUGCAACAGGCUCCCUUCAUUCAAUAUGACUAGCGACUCCUUGAUCUUACCACCAGGAUAUAUUGUUGUGCUUAUGAAUGGUGCUACAGCGCAUUGUUUAAUGCUUUGUUAAUGACAGUUUCUAGUUUAGCUCCUACAGCUGGUGCAAAAAUGUGGUCCUAUUAUCGAAGAAAAUACAUGCAGAGCUUUGAUCGUGAAGAUCCACAGGUUUAAAUCUCACAAGUGGUUGCAUGAGAACAUGAUCACAUGGAGAACAAAAACUCAGAUAAAAAUACCCUUGAGUAGAAAAUAAUGAGGGUUGAAAACAACUAAAUGUUAAAUGUCUGUUAUUGGAUGGCAUCAGAAAGCAUGGAAGGUGAUAUCCAGUGUGACUCAUUGAUAGUAUAACCCAGGAUGACCCCCUUGGUGAGAGAGGGGUCAGUGUCUGGUCAGGGUGUGGCCUGUGUGGUGUGUUGUGAUCUGACCCCAGCAGCGCUUAUCAAGGCCAGCGUGUCACAGCCUUUUAUGGUCUUGGUAAGUGACCCUAUCCCGUCCACUGGGGACUUCAUCACAACCAACGGCCCAGAUUCAUCUCAAAGGAAACAGUCACAGGACAACUAUAAUGUGCAUGUGUGUAUCCCUCCCUGGCCUGAAACAAUAACGACGAAGAGGCUGAUUACAAAGUUUAAACGACAGCUUUGCACAGCAACUCUCCCUAAUGGUUUUUGAUUUUGCCGCUGCACAAGAGGGCCAAAAGCUGAUGGACUUUUGAAGUGAGGGGUUUUUGAAGUACCCUUGAAGGAAGUGAUGUUAAUGGUAAAGAUAAUACACCAGAGGAAGCACCAGAGGAAUUAAAAGGCUGCUGCAAAGCUGUUCCAGGGCUGAGCCCAGCUUCUUAGAGGUUCCUUGCUAACUUAAUAUUUCACAGGUUUCACAGGACCUACACCGUUACAUUGACGGCCGGUUCCAUCUCUAGGGAAGGAAGAACCAACUCACAAUGGAGAUCAGAUGUUAUUCAUAGGUUGCACCGCUGUCACUCGGUCGCGUCAUGCCAUUGUUAUGAACGCUCUCAAGCCGCCCUCUACCGGUGGCGUAAUAGUGGUGUCCUAAAGUCGUGAUACACUAUAGUGCCUGGAAAUACCAAGACAUUGCUAAAGUAGUCAAAUGUUUAGUAGGAAACAACUUUGCCAGCAUGUCAUCAAAUGUACUUUAGACAGACGGCAAUGUUGUCAUUAGCUAGCAAAGUUUGUAAAAAAUAGCUAGCUAUGCUAACAGUAGCUAGCUAAAAUCCGGUGUCCUCCCCUCAAUCUUAACUAACUAGCUAACGUUAUACUGCAUCCAUUUAUUUCUAAGCCACUGUAAUGCACUUUUGAUUACAUCUUCAUCAGUGCUCAUUGACAAUACAUUGAGUAGAAUGCUCAGUUUGUUAUCAGUCCAAAACAAAUGUUCCAAACAACAUUGUGACAAAACAUGAAACCCAUGACUACAUGCUUACAUAAUGUGAUCAUAUAUCCACCAAACCCACAACAUAUUAUGAGUGUCCUUUUCAAAUGAUCAAUCAAAUGCUUAUUUUCUCCUUCUGUAUCAGAGAGAUCCUUUGUGUCCAUUGAUACAGGAAGACACGUUUAAUCGAGUCUCUGUGUGUUUAGUCAACGACACAGAGGAGGUGGGUGUCCUGCAAUCUGUGGACAUCAGCAACCCUGACACCACCACGUGGGUCCUGCAGAACCUGGAGGCCGUCAGUAGGUACAAGUUCUACCUGCGCCCCUGCACCAGGGUGGGCUGUGGGCCCCGGGUCAGCAAGGAGAGCAUCACCACGCCUGAAGCA